CCAUUAACGGCAGGACGGACACACGCUUCACCGAAACACAUCAAGUACAGUAGAGAGAAAGAGGAGGAGAAGAGCGGAAGACGCUUGAAGACGCUUGAAGAAGUCUUUCUUGUCUAGGUCAAAGUUAAACAGUCAUCAUGGCAGACGAAGCUGACAUGCGCAAUGAGCUGGCCGACCUGCAGACACGCGCAGACCAGAUAGCUGAUGAGUCUCUGGAGAGCACUCGGCGUAUGCUGGCUCUGGUGGAGGAGAGCAAAGAUGCCGGCAUCAGGACCCUGGUCAUGCUGGAUGAGCAGGGAGAACAACUGGAGCGCAUCGAGGAGGGGAUGGACCAAAUCAAUAAGGACAUGAAGGAUGCAGAAAAGAAUUUGAACAAUCUAGGACAAUUCUGUGGUCUAUGUUCAUGUCCCUGUAACAAGAUUAAGGGCGGUGGCCAGGCCUGGGGAGCGAACCAGGAUGGCGUGGUUAACAGCCAGCCAGGGGCUCGAGUGGUGGAUGAGCGUGAACAGAUGGCCAUCAGUGGGGGCUUCAUCCGCAGGGUAACAGAUGAUGCCCGGGAGAAUGAGAUGGACGAGAACCUGGAGCAGGUGGGCGGCAUCAUCGGCAAUCUGCGUCACAUGGCCCUGGACAUGGGUCAGGAAAUUGACACGCAGAAUCGCCAGAUUGACAGGAUCAUGGAGAAGGCCGAUUCCAACAAGACCAGGAUCGACGAGGCCAACCAGCGUGCGACGAAGAUGUUGGGCAGUGGCUAAACUGCGGCAAAAAAGUGCUUUCAUCCCUCUUUUAACCCCAGAAACCCUGAAAAUAACAUCAUCAACCAAAACCCAGUCCAGCACCCAACACCAACGGCGCCCACUUCCUUGGCUCAACAGCAGGCGCUGUGAAAAUCAUGCUUUUAUUGUGAUACUUGUAGAAGUUUGCACAUGUACACAUAUCAUACGUUCCUCAGCCCCCAUCCCUCUCAUCCCUGCCCGUCACCUCCCUCAGUCCCCCCUCCUUAUUAUCAGUGUUGUUCUGUGAUGUCACUCUUUUAAUUUUGUGAAGAAAUAAUAGUUCUGUCACUUGACAUUCACUCAAACUCUCUCCACACUACGCAGUGAUUCUUAUAUGGCUUCAUUGAUUUUAGAUCACGUGUCCUGUUUUCUUCAUAACUCUUUUUCUAAGUCUGCGUGCAAUAUAAGCUGUAUGCACAACAUGUCCUCACCCCCGUGUCAGAAUUUUGGUUUUGUCAAUGUAAGACACACUGUCUAUUCAUCAGUCAUGAUGUGAUGCUACAUGAUAAGGCCACAGCAAUUUACCGUUAAUCUAAUGAACAUGAAACCUUCACAUGUUCAUAACCAAGGUCACUAUUUAAAUACAAUGAUUUAAUGUAUAUAUGGAGCUGCUUGGAUCUUAAAGAUAUAAUAGACCAAGGUAUUUUGAGUAUUUGAGCCACUGGGAUGAAAAUGUGACCGUUGGAGCAGCCAGUGUUGUAUCAACCCUAUUGAUGGAGCAGUAUUAAAACAAUUUGAUGCCAUAGAUUGUAUAGUAUGAACGUUUUCCUCAGGGAGCUAAAUCUAACCAUUCAAAAGCAAGGGUUGAGUUUUUAAUCAAUGUGUUGUAAUUCACAAGCUAUCAAAAACGUAUCAUAAGGCUCUAUGUAUGUGUGAAACACUGCAUUUUGUGUUGUCUGAUUAAUGACAUCCUAACCAUCAGACAAAUAUUGGACAUUAAUCAUAAAAGCUGACAUUGUGAUUGAUAAUGAAAAGGAGGUGGAGCGUUGCUAGGAAUCAUAGUUCAACAGGAUAUUUAUCUAUUCACAUACCAGGCCGCACCGCUUUACCCGUGUUUCAACCCGAGCAACAUCAAGUAGUGUGUUAAAUGUGUUAUGCAUGUCCAUUCACGGCUAGAAGACACUGAAUAUUUCAUAUAUUCAAACCAAAAAUAUCCUAACAUGGCAACUGCAUGCUACAUAUGUAGGCCACGCCGAUGAGAGGCCCCUAUUUAUCUGCAAUCGUGCCACUCUUUUUGUUUCAUGUCUCUUAACCUUUCCAGACCGUGACCAUCACUGUAAAAUAAAUAAAACCAUCAUAAACGUAGAAAACAAA